AUGGAUCAUCACCGUUUGCCCCGACGAUCCCAAAGCCAUGGCACCCUUCACAGCAGCUACGCCCGGCAUGGACGGCCUCUUCAUAAGCCUCUUCGCAGCGUGAACGAGAACUCGGCUCUCCUGCCUUCACCUGGUGCUUUGGAGAGUAUGCUGAAGACCACAACCGAGACUGGAGAUAUUGGUCUCUUCAGCAUCAAGUCUGUUCCUAUUUCACGCGUGGGACCACCAGCAAGUAGAAGGGAUGCUAUGGGCCAUGGUCUGCAAUCCCUCCCUCGCCAUACCAUCGAUGAGUCCAAGAGGCAUGACGGCCGCAGAAGGCCUCCCCGGCAUCGAGAUGUCACCGCUGAGAUCAUCUCUAUGUACGGAUCCAACAGCCAGAGCUCGAGCUCCGUCACUAGCACUCUGGCUUACUCGACUGAUGAGCCUGGCCAGCGUUCGUACUCUAUGACGACUGUUGGAUCAAAACAGCUGUCCCACAACAAAUCCAAUGCAACCCUUCAAAAGAACUGGAUAUGGACCUCUCAAACCCCCCUAUCCACGCGGCCAUCGAAGGCCGGCACCUUUGGGUAUCCGCUCAGAGGCAAACCUGUCAACUCCUACGUUGCCAGCAUGUGGACCUCCUCAAAUGCGUCGACUUCCAGGGCCGCCAUCUUUGCGAACUGUAUCAGCAGCGUCGGUAGCGUCCUGGAAUGCGCCAAAUCGCCCUCAUCGGGACAGAGUGAACAGUGCAACAUCGAGGACGUCUAG